UGGGAUUAAAGGCGCGCGCCACCGCCGCCUGGCUAUUUGAACUGUUUGAAACCUAGCAUCGCUCUCUUCCAAAAAUCAAAAAAAAAAAAGAUUUUGCUCAGAUUAAUCUAUGGGAUAGGCUGCAGGCAGAUGUGCUGUGCCUCUCCUUGCCCCAGCCCCGGAACCUUAAAAACAGCUUGCAGAACUUGGUGCUGAACAUGACUGUCAGUGAUGCAGAGGAGUGGGAAUAGAGGAAGACAGCUGUCCUUCCUGCCCUACCCCCAGUUAUACGAUGACCCGAACCAUGGAACCGCUGGCAAGGAAGAUCUUUAAAGGCAUUUUAGCAGUUGAACUUGUGGGUGUUUUUGGAGCUUAUGUUUUGUUUAGAAAGAUGAACUCCAGCCAAGAUUUCAGGCAAACAAUGAGCAAGACAUUUCCCUUCGUUUUGGAAGUUUAUUACAAAUCCAUUGAACGGUCUGGAAUAUACGGAGUUAGAGAGGGCGAUCAAGAAAAGUGGUUGGAUAGCAAAAAUUAAGGAUUUUGUUGCUGUUCAGAAUUUAUCCUUACAAGAAACCAAUGGUAUCACUCAGGAUUAAAAUUCCACAUCGACAUGGAUGGAGUUUGGAGUAUGUCAAGCAAAAUAUAAAUUGUAAUUCAGGUCUCAUUCUUUGGGCUUGAAAAGCUGACUGAAGUAUGUUUAUUGUGUUAUCAAUAAACUGAUUAAUAUUACUGGAAAUAAAAUGUCUAUUAAACCUCA